UGCACAACUUCAUUUUUUAAUGAUAGGCUGCAGAAGCUUAAACAGCCAUUUUAAAUCUUUAAUUUACAUACCCUCAGUUUUUUUAGCCACUUUUUUCACACCAUAGUAUCAGGCAACAAUUAAGUUAAUUUUUAUAGCUUUUCUUUAUUUUUUUGUAAAAAUUCAUGAACAAUGGCAAACCUGCAACUAAGAUUCUUGUUAGUUUCACUUUUCACAAGUAUCGUGGGAGAGGCCCAAUAUGUAAUGCAAGAUGCAGCACUGAUGCAUUACAUCGAUCGGCGUUUUCAAUCUUUAGAGAACAGGCUGGAAAAAUGCAACCAAGAUAUAAUGGAUUAUGUAGAAGAAUUCCGGGACUUCUCAAAGAGGAUAAUAUCACGCCUAGAGGGACUGAAUGUUUAUAAGACUGAGUUUAAAAAUGAAGUGGAGCAUUUGUUAACAAGAGUUGAAAGAGCUCAAAGGGACAUUGACUAUUUUGCUUCUGGGAGAGACUCUGAUGCAUGUGUAGAAGUAGAUGAAGACCUAGUAGAACAGCAACAAAUUGAAGAAGCAGAAGAAAGAAGGAAAAUUAAGCUCGUGCUUAAUGCAAGCUGUGACAACAUGCUUACAGGUAUCAAGUCUCUAAAAAUAGUGAAGAAGACUGGAGAUGCUCAUGGCUCUUGGAUGAAAGAUCCAGGCAAAAAUCAUCCAAAGAUUUAUUUCUUAAACAGAUCUAAGAAUAACGUUAUUUUGGAAUUUGCAAAUAUUAGGGCAUUCAUGGAAAGCAGUAACAUGCUAGCAACCCGGAGAGUUAUCCUACCAACUCAUUGGCAGGGAACUGGCCAUGUCAUAUAUAAAGGUUUCCUAUUUUAUCACAGAUAUGGUUCCUUAAAUGAGAUAAUUAAAUACAACAUCCACAAGAGAAAUAUAACUGACCGAAUGCUCCUGCCAGGUGCUGGACAGAUGCCAGCUUAUGAACUGUUUCCAACUACAAAAAUAGAUCUUGCUAUUGAUGAGCAAGGACUAUGGGCAAUCCAUGCAGAACCAGACAUUGGUGGAAACCUUGUCAUCACUAAAAUCAACCAUCACACCAUGGCUGUGGAAUAUACAUGGGAUACAUCAUGCAACAGCAAGAAUGCUGAAGCUGCUUUUAUGGUCUGUAAAACCCUCUAUGUUGUGUACAACACUCCCAAUGGAGGUACAUCUCGGAUAGAAUGUGUGUACAAUGUCUUGGAUGCUUUAAAUACUUAUGAAGUACCUGUGCUACAUUUCCCCAAACGUUAUGGCAGUCAUUCAAUGAUGCAUUAUAACCCCAGAGAAAAGGAGGUGUUUGCCUGGGGUGAUGGAUCCCAGAUCAUCUACAAACUUGAAACAAAUCAAAAAGUUUAAAAAGUGUUGAAAAACUCAUCAGAUGAACUUAAAGGAAGUACGCCAAGUUUUCUUCUUACUUAUGUUCAAGGAAUUUCCUUAUUUUUCUAUUUGCUAUUAGCUGCAACUGAUUAAAUAAGCAUUAGGUUAAAAAAAAAGACUAGACUUAGGCAGGGUCUUAACAAGUAAUAAUGCUUGGUCAUAACCAACAGAUUCUGAAUUUGAAAACAGAUAUACAUUUGAAAUGUUAAAUAAAGUUAGGAAUUGCCACACUGGAUCAGACUAGUGCUCCAUCUGGUCCAGUAUCCUAUGUUCAUCAGCAAAUGGUACUAGACACAAUUGUUAGGAACUUCACAGGGUGAUACCAUGAGAUGAUUUUCCCUUUUAGGGACAUUUUUCUAUACAGCCCUAAUAGUAGGCAGUUGUUUAUCACAUGAAUCAGUAGCUCCCAAAUAUCUUGUUCAGCCUUUUUUGCUAAGCUCUUGGCCUACAGAACUCCCUAAAGCAAUGAUGUCCCACAGUUUAACUCAUGGAAAAGUAGGACUAGUGGGGAUCUCAGGAAGUCAUCCAGUUCAACCCAUGCUCAAUGUAGGAUGAUCCUGAUUAAACCAUCCCAGUCACAUCUCUGUCUAACUUGCUCUUAAAAACUUACAAGGAUGGGGAUUCCACACCCUCUCUGGAUACUCUGUUCUAAUGUUUAACCACCCUCUUAGUAAGAAAGUUCUACCUAAUAUCAAAACUAAAAUUCCCUUGCUGCAGUUUGAGACUGUUGCUCCUUGUUCUGUCCUCUUUCUAACCUUCCUCAGUCAUCUCUUCUCCAGACCAAUCUACUUCUUUCAGCCUUUUCUCGUAAGUCAUAUUUCCUUGACCUUUAUUCUAAACCUAAAUAUGCAUUACAUUUUUAAAGGGUCUUUUUUAUUCAUUUUAAAUUUUCCAUCUUUCAGUUUUAUUGAAUUAAAAAUCACUUGUGGGUUAUGACAUAGGACAAGUGUAAGUUCUCAUUCAAUCUUCUCUAUCAAGAUCAAGACAAAAGUCCUCUUGAACCUAGCAGCCAAUUGGGCUAUCAUGGCUAAAGCAAAUUAGUUUCUUAGCCAGUGGCAUACAAAGGAGUCAUGAGACUAGUAUCAUAUCUGGCUACCUUUGACUCACCAGUUUGAAUGAUCACUUACAGCUGUGUUUAGUAGGGUCAGUCUGAGAAACAUAUCUGAUGGCAAAGCUUGAAUGCAUGCCAGACUGGCAUAUUUUAAAGUCUCUGCCACUACUUCCUAGGUCACUUAUUUUUGGUAUGGUUUUAGCAUCUUCUCUUAUCAGUUUACUUUGUAAAACUCCAAUUUUUCAGUCUCACUUAAAGAGAUGCUCUUCAUACUUGCAAACAUUCUUCCUACUUACUUUUGAAUCCUUCCUUUAAUUCUACCAUAUCUUUUUAGACACAGGAUGACCAAUAUGCACAUGGUACUCUAGGUAAGGUUAUACCAUUAAAGCAUUAUGAACUAUUGAUACAUUCCAAAGGCACAAGUGUCUUUGUUUUCAAAAUUAAAACAAAAAAAUAGCCCUGCAUUUGUGACAUAUAAGUAACAGCUUCAGGUUUUGGUAUCUAAGGAGGGCUGCAAUGCAUUACACUUAAAAAAAAACUGGUGCUGGAAGUACCAUACUGCACUUAGUCCACAGAAAAUCACAUUUUGUUCUUUACACUGAAAGAGCUGUUGUUCCCUUCUAUAAAUAGUCUCAACAGAACAGCCAAACAUCAGGGAAUGGUUUAAAAAAAAAAUCCAGAAUAUAGCCAGGAAAACAGAGACUAGAUCGAUGCUAGUAUGUUUUAGUAAAGGGAACUACAUAAUUGUAAAUAGCCUAAUAAAAACAAUACUAAACUUGCAUAUAGUUAAGUGGAGAAAGCAGGAAGUGUGAAAAUUUAAAAGAAACAAAAACUGAACCUUCAUAAGCUUUAAAGAAGAUUCAGGUUUGGUUCACUUUUGGAGCAAAGUUUCAAGGCUAUUUUUAUUUUUAGGAAGAACAUGUGCACUAACAAACCCAUUUCAAGAAGUGAAGCCCCUGAGUGCUAAUCCUAAAUCUGCUAUUGAUUUGUUGACAAUCACUUGACAAGUCACUUAACUUUUCAGAGCUUCAAUUCCCACCCCCAUCUAUAAAAAAAAUUGAUGAUUUUGACCAACAGUCCAUCACAAAGCUCACUGAAAUCCAUGCUAAGAGUCACAAGGGUUUCAGUGGCCCUCAGAUAAGACUUUUAUUGUGUAGCCAAAUUCUUCCUCUCCCUUGAACUAGUUUUGUCUCAGACUCACAGCAGCUGAGGCAAAACUGGCUGCUGAGGAGCAGAAUUUCUCUCUGUUGCCUGAGGCUGCCUUAAACUUGCAGGGGCUAAGGCAAGCAGCUCUGGGGUUCAGGAGGGGAAGAAUCCCCCUUAGCUCCCUGGGGCUGCCCUGGGCUAGUGGGCUCUGGGCUCAUGUGGGGAGAAGCCUCCAUACAGUGGGGGCUCCCUGAUGCCCCCAUUCUGUGCUGCACAGGCAGGCACCCAGCUGGGAGAACUUCUUCCUCCCUCCUGUGGCAGCAGCUGAAGCAACUAGCAGCUAGGAAGGGGGGGUGGGAAUUCCCCUCAGCUCCUCAGAGCAGCCUGGGCUGAGGACCCCAGGUUGAGGGAAACCCUCUGAGAGGGAGGCUCCACCAAGGUGGGCCAGCACCAGGAUGGGAUCAUUAACCCCCUGUGAGGGGGGUGCAGGAGGUUGGAGAUACUUGGCUAGGCUGGCAAUGGCCAGCAGGCUGGGAGAUGUGCUCUAGCGUCCCCCUCCUACUGGCCUGGGUCAGUGCAGGCCUCCCCCUGCCUUUCUCAAUUGAAAACUUGAAUGUCAGUUAAGUUGGUUAUUAGGGCUGUGUGAAGCUUCAGUCACUGAUUUGAUUCAAUGGAGAUUCGGCCCGAUUCGGUGGCUGAAUAUCCGCAUCUGAAUUGAAUCAGGACACUGAUUAACCUCUCCGAAUCAAAUCAGAAGCCUUGGAUUUGAUUCUGAGAAAUUUGCUGAUUUGGACAUAGACACAACUUCAUAUGUUUUUUCUACAUACCUCGAGGUACCAGGCAUGGCUCGUGAACACUAAGAUGGUGGGACAGAUGGAGCAUCCCACAGGAGCAUUGGGGGGUGGGGGGGCAUCCCCAGCAUGCUCGUCCGUGGACCCAGAAGUCGACCAGAAGCACUAUGGCCGAAUCGCUGAUUAUCUGAAUCAGCACCAAAUCUUCAGAUUCGGAUUCGGCAGAAUCGAAUCAGGACAGUGAUCGAAAUCAACUAAUCCAAUCACUGUCCCCUGAACUGGGCUGAAUCCAAAUCGAAUACAGCCGAGUUUGCACACCCUAUUGUUUAUCGAUUCAAACCUAUGCAGGUUAGAGGAAGCUGCCUAGAUUGAACCAAUUCUGCCUUGGGACUUUUGACUGUCUGUAUUUAGCCACAUUGGCUUGUUACUACCAGAUUACUGAUAAGUAUUUGGUUGCUGGUAAAGAUAUGCUAUAUUAUAAUUACCUAAAAAUACUGACAAAAUACUGUAAAUUGCUAUGGCAGGUUCCAGAUGCAUAUUAAGACUCGUACUCUGCUCUGAAGAGCUUAACUUCUAUGGAACCAUCUGCUCUUUCUCUCCUGAGCGUGUCACCACUAAUUUUUUUUCUGAGCAGGUUACCUGCCCCCCACACACAGUCAAGCUGACCCAAAUCCCAGAUAUUUGACCAUAUUAAAAAAAAAACAACAAAUGCCUGGACAGAAAGCAGAGGAUCCAAAAAGAGGACAUGUAAGGUUAUGCUUUUAAGACCUCAUCCCAAAAAAUCCUGAGUCUCUGCAGUUUUCUCUAUUAUGGCCUAGAUCCUGCAAGAUUGUAAGAACCAUCAAUUUCCAUUAAAGGCAAAAGGAGUAGAAAGCAUUGGUAUCUCUGAGGAGUGGGCCUGAAAAUAUAACAUGAAGAAACAAUUAAAAAAGGAAGGCAAUUACUGGAGAACUAGGAAGUAUUCCAGAAGGUUUCUUUUUUUAUUUAUUUUUUCACAUGAGGGAGCUGAAUGGAGAGUAAAGGUACUUGGCAGGGAAGUAGCAGGCAGCAUGACAGAAACCUGAGACUUUGAAUACAAGAUGAAAGGACAGAAAGCUGAGAGGAUUAGGAUGUGCAUGUACAGCAAGAGCAGGAAAUUGCAUUUAAAAUAAACUGAAAGGCCAUGAGGAGUGAAGUAGAAACCAUAAAGAGAAGGUUAUAAUAGUUAAAGGCUUUGUCAAGGGUCUUUUGUAACUUAGUUAACUGACUGCCCAAUUUUCCUUGAAUUAAAUUAAUACAAUUGUACAAUGUUCACCCAGACAUCUCACCAAAUGUUUUUUUCAGGCUGAUUCUAGAUCUGGUUUGCUUAGUCUGAGCCCUUGAGCCAGAAGCAGGAAUCAAUGGUUGUAGUGUAUAACAAAUACUUGAGAAGUAGCCUGAAUUAGCAUUUGUAAAGGUGUUAGCAAAUGAAAUUAAACUGGCAAACAAUUAAUUUGACUUACAAUAGUAUUGGAAAGCCUAGUCUGAACAAGGCCAAGAUGAGAAAUGACUAAACCAUAGUCAUGAGCUUUAGCAGCAUAGAAAGGGUGGGUUUCUGCAUUUAUUAAAGAAGAGCCUUCAUGCAUAUAAUGUAUAUAUAUUUUUUAAAAGAUUAACAAGGGCUUUAGAAAAAUAUUAAACAAUAAGCAAAACAGCUGAGUCUUUUUUGCAGUUAAUCUUCACUUGUCUCUUGGGGCUACACAGAAGUAUGGAAAAUAUAAUUUAUGAAAAAGCCAAAUAGUCCUCAUGAGUUUACUCUGUCCCAGAAAGAAUUUGCCUUAAUCUGGCUUGCUCUUUUAUUUGAAAAACAAGAAGACCAGGGCCCUGAAAAUUCAAAAGUCUCAUUUUCAGGCCCCAAGCUAAUCUUGAACAUCCCAUAAAAGAGGGAGAAUUAAACAAACAAGGUCUGAUUUGUGUCAUCAUAACUUACACACAGCAUUUUUAUGCAGCAGUUGGCAACUUUUUAAAAUGGCAGACCCAAAAAAACCUGGCUCGGGUUGGAGGCAGGUUGAUGCUUGCAAUGUAGUACCUGGUCAUGGCUCAUAUGAUGCCCACCAGAGCCAUAACAGCCAAACCCCGCAGAGUCAUAGGCUGGAUCUGUGAACUUGAUCUGGCCCACAGGCCAUACACUGCAGAUGCUCAAAUGGGAUAAUGCACUCUCUGUCUGAGCUACUUCCACUUUUGUUAGAGUCAAACCUCUAUAAUUUUUCAGUACUCUUUACUGAGCUCAAGCUUUCACUCUCUUCAUAAGUAAGCCAUUACACUUUUUUCUAGUAAAGUACAGUAUAGGAUUCUUAUGGGCAAGGAACCAUAAUAAAAUGCAAAAGCUGUCCUAGAGACAAAAAAGCAUGAAAAUAAGUGGGGGAAAGCAAAUGCUGGCAUCUUUAGAUUGAACAUAUUUCAAACCACCAGGAAAUACUAGGUACAGUGUAUCCUAGUAGUAGUUCCUGAAAAACAGGGAGGCUUCCUGCUGAAUUUAUUUGCCCCUAUUGUAUUUUGUGUAGAAUGGGAAACAUGCCUUCUCUUUACAUUUUCUGAAAUUAACUUGUUUAACUAAGAAUGAACCUUAAAUAAAGAGUCUAAAUAUAUGGUUAUAAUUUCUUAUACAUUUUAACUUUGAAUAAUUCAAUCAAAGGAAACAAGAAUUCCUCACACCAGUUAUACUGUAAUUUAGAACCAGGCAAUUAAGAACAAUUACUUCAAGUCCUACAUUUCCAUUAAUAUGAUAGCUGUAGCUAUUUGUUCACCUCUUAUACUAGCAAAUUAAAUCUUAUGUUGAUAUAUUGUCUCUGUUUAUUAAUUUUUUAAGAUACGAAAUAUUGUUACAUACAAUCUAAGAAUGCAAGAGUCUGCAAUAUACCAUACAUAGUUGAAUGAGGUAUUUCUCAGUAAAAACUUAACUAUGCAAACCUCCCCUAAAAGAAAAGGAGGACACCAUGGGCGAUUGAACAGUACUAAAGUAUUAACUGACAACAAAUACAUGUAUAUCAAAAAGACAGCAAGACAGAAAAUAAGUAGAAUUAUUACAAUGAUAUUCAUAGGCUCUCUACAAUAAUAAUAAUAAUAAUAAUAAUAAUAAUAAUAUAAAAGCACUGCAAAACUGUGUGUUAUGUGUUUAAUAGGGAGAUAUCCAAAAUAUAGUUACAAUCUGGGGCAAGAGUGUAACCAUAUACAAAUACGUGCAUAUGUUCCUGCACACGUACACACAUACACACACUCGCAGAAUUAUUACUUUCUAGAUUUCAAAAGUCAUAAGCCUUUCUGUUAUUAUACUGAAACUCUUCUAGGAGAAGUCUAUAUCAUAUUGUGGUUAAAUAUUUCAGCUUUAAAACAUGUAAUUUUGUAUAUACAUGAAAUAACUAUUAAACUAUUUUACAAAUAUUUUAACAAAAGUGAGGGUAGGUAGGUAGAAAACAAAACAGGAAAUUAUCAAUCAACAUAGAAAGGUUCUGCAACAGAGAUAAUGGACAAACUACAGAUAUCACUAAUCCUGAGCAUCUGGACAAUGUCUAGAGGCACUCUGCAGAUUUUAUUACAUUAAAUCAUUCAAAAGAUCAGACCAUUAGGUCUUGGGGCACACACAAAGACUUUAACUUGGUAUUAUAAUAUGUUAAACUCUGCAUCUGUAAACAUACAGAAUCAAUGGCUCUGAAAGGACAUUAAAUUUAAGUUUCUUAACUAUAAACACAAUUCACAAUUCACAUUUUACAAGAACACUUCCACAAGAAAAGUAUAUCAUAGAUGAUGUUCUCAGUAGAUAUUCUCAUUAAAAUGCCUUUUUGCUUUUGAAAAACUAGGGCUAAAGUACAGAUUGAAUCAUGUCAGUAAACGAUCCUUGGAAAAUUAAGUCCUCAUAGAAGAAUUAUAUUCAUUCACUGCUCAGGAAAGAUGGAUUUUAAAGAAAUAUAUGGUUCUAUAUCUUAGAAUUGCCAUUAUAACUAUAUGUCUCAGAACAGGGUUUUUAAAAUUUUUGUAUUAUUCUUUCAUAGAUAAUUUAUACUUGCCAAAUUCAAGAACAUACAGAAAAUUAUGUCUAUAACAUACAUGGAAUAAUCCACUAAAUAAACAAGGUUACACUGCUUGCUCUGGCACCAUCCAUCAAGUGAGGUCAUAGGAUUAAGCCCCAAAGUUAUUUUCUUGUGUGGAUGUAAGAUUUGAAAAUGAUGAUAUGCCUUCAGAUGAAUGGCUAUAUCGCUAAGUGUUAUAAAGACUUACCUUAGCUUCACUUCCACAUUGCAUUUUACUUCAAAAACUUUUUUCAAUGUAUCAGUGAAGAAACUGACAUGUUACCAGCUUUUUUGACAUGUUACCAACACACCUUAUGUUGAUGCAAAUAAUUCCACGUCAAGGGAAAAUAAGUGGAAAAGAGGUACUAUAUUUGAUUUAAAGCAUUAUCAUUCUUGCCUCUAGAGACCAAGAUGCAAACCACAACAUAGGUCACUAAAAAAGGAAAGUAAAUUAAGAUUUAUUAGACAGCAUUUUGUCCCCACCUCACCUGUUCUGCUAGAACAAGCCAAGAGCUAGAAAAGCUCCAGGUUGUCAUGUUUGUUUGAAAUCCAUUGUCACAGAUUCAUUUGGGAAACCUUCACAAUGUUCACUUGCUCUAGUCCUAUCCAGAGAUAUCGCUUUCAAAUGCACCAUAUCCCAGAUCCUGUUUCUCUUAUUAUGCAUUUUUCUUCUGGUUAACUAAAAACUACUUACAACUUUUAGAAAAGCAAUUCCAUGCCACCUCUUCCAUUCUCUCAAACGGGCAACAUAGUGCAAUCUCAGAGGCUGAUCCUACACCAUCCUUUUAUGACUCUGCCCAUGGUAAUGGGCACCAGUCAGUGCUAUGCACCAUCCAGGGAACGUUCUCCCAUUCUCUUAAUGGGCAGAGUUAUAGGUAGGCUUAUAUUCUUUCACCAGGUCAUCAUAUAAGCCUACUUUUACCAUGUCAAGAGGAUCUAGUCCAAUCUAACUUCCUAGAAGCAGAGGAGCCUUGCUGGAAGUCAUCUUUCUCAGAGGCAUCUGCCAGUGUAUCUAACUGACAAAGCAGCAUGGACAUUGUAAAGUAAAAGGAAAAUUGCAAGCCUAGUAUGCAUAUCUAAUAUUGGAAGCUCAAUAAGAAACAAUGGAAACUCAAGAAAAAUGGCAAUGGCCCAAUGUGACAACAUGAGGAUCCUCUUGGGUACCUCAGAAUCAAAGGGAACAAACAUACAGGCAAUGGAAAGAAGAGAGAAUUGCAAGGAAACUCUCUCUUCCAAGAAAUAGCAAGAAUUUUUUUGGUUUUUCCAAGAAAAAACAAGAAAUAGCAAGAAUUUUCAGGGACAAAAAUCACGGAAGCAAAGGUUAAAAAAAAGUUACAUUGGCUGAGGAAAGUAAAGGACAACACGAAGGGGUUCUUUAAAUACAUUGGUCAGACAAGGAAGCUGUAACAGUCACUUUGCCUUGGACUUCACAAAAAAUAGCUACAACCAGAUGGCUACCAAAAAUUAUACAAAGAGGGAAUAAGGUUGAUGUUCAUGCAAACUUAAGUGUCAGAAAGUUUAAAAUGGGUAAUGAAUUUAAGUCAGCAGGGCCUGAUGAAUUUCAUCUUAGGGUAGCAAAAGAACUGGCAGAAGGGAUGUUGGAGCCCUUGACAAUAAUGUUUACAAAGUCAUGGGAGACUGGGGAGAUUCCAGAUGACUGGAAAAGGACGAACAUAGUGACCACCUUAAAAAAAACCCCACAAAGACCCAGGAAAUUACAGAUUAGUCAGCCUAACUUCAAUACUUGAGAACAAUAGCAAAACUACAGCAGGAUAUCAGACCUGGAUGCUGAUUUAAAUAGGGUAUCAGCAUCAUGCAGUAAUGUGUACCCCUGCUCCCCAGUGCUUGGCAUUUCCCCGCUACCUGCAUUCUCUGUUGCUCAGCCCUCCCCAAUAGCCACCCCUGGCUUCUUGAAACAAAACAGCAUCUUUUCCAAGAUUCCCAAAAUUACCAUAUUUUCUCAUAUACAACAUACAUCUUCUCCCAAAAAACAGUGGCUGAAAAUUACAGCAUGUAGUAUAUGCUCGAAAUAUUAUAAAAGCAAUUUCUUCCGCUUACUGGCCAAAAAUGGAAAUACGGUCUGCAGGCAACUCACAGGGAGCAGAGCAAUUAGCAGGAUUGGCUCCCUAACUACUGCUACUUAGUUACUUACUAAGCUAUAAGGAAAGAUUUUUUUUCUUCAUUCUACCUUUCAAUAACAAGGUUCACAUUUUAGUCUGGAGCAUACUAUAUACAGGAAAAUAUGGUAUAAGUUAUGCCUCUAAAUGGUACAUUACUGAAGUAAACUAUAAAGAAGUGAAUUCAUAAACAUCUAGAGGGAAAAAGGCUUAUCUUUAGCAAUCAGAAUUGAUUAGUUAAGAACAAACCAUGCCAGACUGAUUUGAUCUCCUCUGACAAAGUCACUAGUUGGGUAAAUGAAGGGGAUACAGUGUACAGGAACUUUAGUAAGGCUUUUUAAUAAAGUCCCAUAUGACCUUCUCAGAAGCAAAUGGGAAGAGUAUGUGCUAGUUAAAAUUACUACAAAAGGGACAGAUAAUUUGCUUAGUAACCAAAACCAAAGGGUAAAUAGAUCAAUGUCAGAAUGUCAGGAGGUUUCAAGUGAGGUUUAACAGGGGUAUGUCCUAAGUGUGGUGCUAUUUAAUUAAGUAUUUGGAUAUGGGAACAGAGAGCAUCCUGAACAAAUUGCAGAAAGCAUACUCGGAAGGACUGUAAAUACACUGGAGGACAGGAGCACAAUUCAGAAGCAUCUGGGAAUACUGGACAGCUAUCACGUUCAAUACAAACAAAUGUAAGGUGCUAUAGCUAAAGGAGAAUAAUCAAAAUCACAAAUGCAAAAUGGGAGAUAACUGGAUGGGUGGUAGCAUGGCUGAGAAGGAUGUAGGGGUUUUGGUAAAGUUUUAGUAGAUCACAAGCUCAAUACGAGUCAGGCGUGUGAUGCAGUUGUGAAAAAGCAAAUGCAAUUUUGGGUUGCAUCAACAGGAGUACUACAUGUAAGACAGGUGAGGGGAUAAUACCACUCUACUUGGUGAUGACUAAGUCUCUCCAGGGUUGGCAAGCUGAUCAACUGACCAGUCAAAUAACGUCAAUUGACUGCCUAUUAUUUGACCACAAUCAACUGUGGUCAAAUAUUCCAUCAAGCCAAAAAUGCCUUUGUGUAGGUGGCAACAUACCCUUUUAUUGCAUAAAGAUGUCAUUUAUUAGAAAGGGAAGGCAUAAGAGCUCUUCGCCACCCUUCCCUGGAAGAAUCAAGAUCUGCACACAUACAUGCACACAUGCACAUGCAUACACACACACAUACACACACACACACUAUUUAGGAACAAGUACCCCCUAUCUUUCUCCUAUCUCCUGAGCUAUUCUAGCCUCCCUUCUCUUCCUCCCAUUAAGUUCUGGGAUAAAAGGAGAAGAACUCUUCAGUCUUGAACAUGGUGAUACUUAAUUAACAUUUUUAGCUAUAAUUCAGUACAUUUUUUUAGAUUUUAAUUUCAUUAUUUCACAAUAACAGCAAAUUAACUUAUGUUUCUGUAAUUAACAUAGAUAUCUAACCUGCAGAUAGUCAAAGUCUCUUUACGGAUCUAGGAUGUGGAGAAGUUAGAAAGAGUCCAAAGGCAAGCGAUAAAAAUGAUCAAGAGGUUAGAAGUCAGGCUGUAUGAAGAAAGGUUGAGAGAGCUAAGCAUGUUUAGCUUAGAGAAAAAGCUGGUUAAGGGAGGCAAUGAUAUCAGUCUUCAAAUAUCAGAAAGGCUGCCAUAAUAAGACAGAAAACAACAGUUUUCCAUCAUUACAAAUGGUAGGACUUAAAGCAAUGGCUCUAAAUUUCAGCAAAGUAGAUUUAGAUUAGGCAUCAGGAAAAACUUCCUUAUUGUUAGAACAAGAAAGCGGAUGAACUGCCCAGGGAAGCUGUGGAAUCUCCUUCACUGGAGCAUCUCAGGAAGAGGCUGGAUAAGCAUUGGACAAGGAUGAUUUAGGACCUUGCAUGCAGAUGACCCUUGAGGUCCUUAUGAUCCUAUGAUUUGCUUAAUAACUUGGUGAUUCAGACACUUGCCCAGGAAGUGAGAAACUUGAUUUCUAGGCCCCCUUCAUCCUGAAUGGGUUUGUACCCAUACCUACUUCUUAGGGCAGUGCCAAUCAAUGGUGUAACUAUAGUGGAACAAAUGGAGCACUGGCCCCAGGCACUGACUUAGAGAGCGUAUUAGCAUGGUCCCCUCCAGGCACAGGAGUCUUUUCCAUGGGAGACGUAGCCAUGUGCAGAUGGGACACAGAAAGCCAGUCAGGUGCAGCCCCAUGCCCUGUAGUGUAUCUGGAGGAAGUGGAAACAAAUGAAAUAUAUCCCAUCCACGCCCCACCUUCCCCCUUUGUAGGCUUUGCCAUGGGAUGUGCAGUCCUUCACCCAGAAGCAUAUCUGUGGGGGGAGGGGGAAGGGGAAUGAAUGAGGCAUCAGGAACAGCACUGGAGAGUCUGCACCAGUUGGGCUGCUGAACCAGCAUGCAGAAAGCCCAUCCCUCAGCUACAAUAGGCAAGCUCACAUUGCUACAGAGGAGCUGUAGCAGCUGCUACCUGAGAUCAGAGAGCAGGGACAGGUACAAUCCCAAACCCCUACUCCUGUUUUAUAAUGGUCAGCAUAAUUCCCUUUUCCAUCCCCCCUCCCCACAUUUAUUUUGUUAUGCCUCUGGUCCCAAUUGCACCAGACCAUGAACUAGGCAGGACUUGACACCUCUCCCCACCUCCUACUAAAACUGGGACACUGGAUGGAAAGGAAUGUGAAGAUCACAGAGCCUAUGGGAGCAUGACUGUUUACCCCAGUGAGAAGUACACUUUCCCAGGAAGGAGGAAUCCUGAGUUUUGCCUGCUUCUCUCUUCUUCUGGUGCUAGUUACCCAGUUCAUCCAAAUGCCUCUGUCUUGGCAGCAGAGGCUGAAGCUCAAGAAUUCCUCUCCUCCUCCACAGCCAGGUACCAAACCACUAGACUAUAGUUACAUUUUCUCCUGCCUGCUCCCUGGCAUAACGCAUUUAACAUUAGAUAGCCACUGGUCAGGCAAAAUAAAUAACAGCAGAGGCCAAAACUCAAGAUAUCCUCAAGCAAGAGAAUUAGGAAAUGUGAAUUCAAAUCUGCAUAGGGUGAGGUGAGCCUAGAACCCAUUUCCUGACAACUGCCUUAACACCUAUGCUAGUGAGCAAAAGGUAAGCAGUGGCACCACCACCACCACAUUGAUCUCAACAUCAAACAGUGUCUGAACAUGUUUUACCUGACAAAGGAUCUGGAGAAUUAAUCAGAAUGUAAGUGAAUUACAAAACUGAAUUGGAUCAUAAAGUAUACAUCUAUGUGCUCACACUUCUGAGCAUGAACAGCAGACCAAAUCUAGUUGCCCAGGCUGGGUUUUUUUCAGGCCCAUGCAAAAAGGUUCAAAUGAAAGUCCAUAAAGAAUCUAGGUGCCUUAGCAGAAUUUUGGCUGUUGCAACAGCUAGAAUAGGAUCAUAUUUAGUGACCUUGAUGCCUAAAAGUUCAUAAAUAUACGAUCUGACCCAUAGUUACCAAAAGUAAUCCUAAAAGCUUUAAUUGUAUUAUUUGCCUUGGACCGGAAAGUCAACUUUAGUAAAAGCACCUAGUUCUCAAUAUGAGGGCAAGCUCAAGUGUGAAUUCAGCUCACACACAUUAGGGUCUACUUGCAAAUACAUUUAGUUGGGCUCCUUGGCACCAAGGUUCAACCUCCUGAUAUCCCCUACCCAUCUCAUCCUUGGGCAUUUUCAUCAGGGUUGAAAUAUUUUCAGAACCAGCGCGUUAUAGAAAAGGUUAACCCCUAUUGGAGCCGUUAGCAUUUUCCUUUUCAGCAAUUGUAUUGGGUGAUGGAAUGUUGCCGAGUAUAAUGAAAUGCUCGUUCCUUUGACCAGUUCAGCAAACUAAACUGGUUUCCUGAACAUCCAGGAGCAUAUAGGUCUCUUGUCUGGUAGUAAUACCCUAAUCCUGCAAACAUGUACAUGCAGAACUACCCCGAUAUCAAAGGUAAAUAUGUACAUAAUUAUUUUCAGGCUCUAACAAAUUAUAGCAGCCUUCAGACUAAAUUAUAUCCUUUUCUUCUGUAAUAUGUGCAUGAUGACAAAUCGCUAUGAUAUGUUUCCAUUUAAAUGAAUUUUAUUUGUGUAUUUGGUGUACAUGAGUAUAUUACAUGUUUUGUCAAUCUUGGAAUUUCAACAAGAAUAUGAACAAGAAUAUGUUUCUUUUAUAAACAAUUCAUUCAUCAAAUAGCCAAUGCUGCAACUUCUAUAUUAUGAAUAAAUUUGCUGUAUUAUAAACUAGGGCCUUAGAACAGUGAUUCUUGUACUUAUCCAGUACAAUAAAGGAUGUAUACUCAUUCCAGGCAAAGUAUUGGAAUUGACUGCAUGUGUACACCUGUAUAUGCAAACCACUUCUGAUUGAAAUAAACAUUUCAUAACUGUG